GGUCGCUAUCAUGACGCAUCUCCACCGUAGCCUCGUCUAAUGAAGCUUUCUAUUUGCUAACCUUGAGGAGAGGUUGGCUCCUUGUGGGUUACGGUUCAAGAAGUAGCAACGUUUUAGGCAAGCGAGGUUUCUCGGGAGCUGAAUAUGUGUCCUACGUGCUCUAAACCUGCCCGUGUGACGGCGAGCUGUAAAAGAGAGCUUCCCGGGGCUAGUGCGCUAAAGCUAGCGAAGUGAGUGGACCGAAUCGGUACCAGUUCGAACCUCUUGCUCGGGCAGUUACACUCGUACCUGAAUUUAAAGCUGCUCCAGGGAGGAGGCAUUGACGGUGGACGUUAUAUCGGCGGGACAUUAUCCAAAAGUACGACACGAGAGCCGGGCCACAUCACAUUUUAUGCCACAAAUGAUGACGACUGUUGUGUGAAAGUAGGAGGAAAGAGCAUUCACCAGGGUCAUGAAUCUUCAUCAGGUCCUCACAGGGGCAGUUAACCCCGGGGACAAUUGUUUCUCUGUAGGGAGCGUCAACAAUGUACCAUUCACGGCCUAUGCUUCUGGUUGUGACGUGGUCAUUUUGGGCAGCGAUUUUGAACGAGUGCAGAUCAUUCCAGGGGCCAAACAUGGAAAUAUCCAGGUGGGAUGUGUCGACUGCUCGCUGCAGGGAGGACAGAUUGCAGCUUCCUAUGGAAGCAUUGUAUGCAUUUUUGAGCCAAUUCAGCAUCCGGAUCAAAAAGUCACAUCACUGACAAAGUUAAACUGCCAAUGGCAGAAGACUGGCCAGUUUGUUUUGCAGUCUAUGGUGCGCAACCUGGCAUGGCACCCCAAAGGGAGCAUGCUAUUAACAGGCUCCAGUUGCCUGCAGUUAUGGUCUCAUUUUGAUGGAGGGAAAGAUGCUGACGGAGGAAAGCAGGCAGAAAUAAGAGACUGUCAUUGUACUUGGGGAUGUAUCUGGCAAAGCAAGACAGCCUCUCCAGUCAAUUUAAUGAAGUUUUCUCCUGAUGGAGAAUUCUUUGCUACUGCUGGGCAGGAUGACUGCCUUAUAAAGGUGUGGUACAGCACUAAUAAGUGGAAGUCUGGAAGUUUCAGACUUUUCACCCCUCCGGAAUCCAGUGUCGACUUUCAGGGAGAGCUAGCCUUUUCUUUCGUGUACCUGGGCCAUCCACGUUCUGUUAUUGGCUUCUCCUGGAGGAAGACCAGCAAGUACAUGCCACGUGGUUCAGUGUGUAAUGUCCUGCUCACCAGUUGUAAGGACAGCGUGUGUCGGCUCUGGGCAGAGACCCUGUUGCCGGGGGACAGUCUUCUAUCAGGUCACCAUGGUAACCAACACAGUGAUGCUCAGAGAUUUGCCAGCUCUUCCACGAUCUGCAAUGGAAGAAUGCAAGAAGGGACAUCACAGGAAUCUGCUUUUUAUCGGGAUGUGCCGCAGCCCUCACUCACUGGCUGCCUGCCCCAUAGCCAAAGCCGACACUACAACCACAAGAAGAGCAACAGCAACCUUCCCCAUGCCAACGCACUCUGUCACUUUCACAUAGCGGCCAGCAUCAACCCUGCAACAGACAUUCCACUGCUUCCCUCCAUAUCGUCCCUGAGUUCCGUGGAGGAUGAGGAGCUCGGAGGUUUUUUCACUGUCCAUUGGCUCAACAACAAAGAGCUUCACUUGACGUUGGCUAUGGAAGUCUUCCUGCAGCAGUUUUGUGGCAGCCUGGAGCAACAGAAUGAAUACUCUCAGGAAGAUCCUGAAAAUGAGAAUCACUCUGAAGAUGAAGAGUGUAGCAGGCCAAGUGACCCUCAAGGACCCGAUGCCAUGGAGCUCUCUCUCGCAGCAAUGGAGCACCAAGUGGACGUGCUUUUGGAUGAGUGGAACAAAGGAGCAGACAUGUUGUUCAGCAUCCAUCCCGUGGAUGGCUCACUGUUGGUUUGGAAUGUGGACUGGAUAGAUGAAUAUCAUCCCAGAAUGUUUAGACAAGCUCAGGUGUCGUUUGUGUCCCGUAUCCCUGUGGCGUUUCCUGCAGGGGAUGCCAUCUCUCUCAGUCACAGUGUGGUUAUGUAUGCUUGCAACAAGAACGUGGAUUUGGCCAUCCAACACGGCAGACAACGGCCACCAGGGAAUACGUUGUCCCAAACCAAAUCUGCGCUUAUAAGUUACGGACGUCAAGGCAAAGCCACCCCAAGCAGCAGUUUUAGACUGAGCAUUUUCACCCCGAGCGUGCUUAUGAUCUCAAAGCAUGAUGACGGCUCCCUCAACCAGUGGGGCGUGAGUUUUGCAGAGGAUUCUGCUUUCUCCACGGUGCUCAGCGUGUCUCACAAGUCAAGGUACUGUGGCCAUCGCUUCCACUUAAACGACCUGGCCUGCCACUCUUUACUGCCUCUGCUCCUCACCACCUCACACCACAAUGCAUUGAGGUCCCCCGAGGCGGACAACAUCCUCUCCCCGCCAGAGGUCUUCUCUGCUACCCAUGGCUCGCGGCCCAGCCGGUUGUCCCUAGGGGGCUUUUCGCAGGAUCCCAAUGCAAUCUACAGUGAGCUGAUUUUGUGGAGGGUCGACCCUGUGGGGCCGCUGUCCCUAUCUGGCGGAGUGUCUGAGUUGGCUCGGAUCAAUUCUCUUCACGCCUCAGCUUUUUCUAACAUAGCCUGGCUGCCCACACUCAUCCCCAGCAGCUGUUUAGGUGUAUAUUGUAACUCUCCCAGUGCCUGCUUUGUUGCAAGUGACGGCCACUCACUCAGGCUUUAUCAGGCAGUUAUUGAAGCCAAGAAACUCCUCAGCGAGCUCUCCAAUCCUGAGAUAUCAAAAUAUGUUGGCGAGGUGUUCAACAUCGUCAGUCAGCAGUCGACAGCAAAACCAGGGUGUAUCAUUGAGCUGGAUGCCGUUACUGACUUUCAGGGAAAGGAGACACAGCUCUUGCAUGUAUUUGAGGAGGAUCUAAUACUCGGCAGUGAGAGCUCACAGGAAAUGACGGAUUCAUCUUGUUCUGCCCAUAACAAGCCCACCUUCGCUGCAAGUUUUUUUCUCGUGGUUGUUGAAUUAACCCCAAGUGGUCGCUCCCUCCUACAGAUGUGGCAUCUUCAUCUCGCAGCUAAACCCGUCACCAUGGAUGAGACUUUCUCACCACGAGACUCCCCCACAGCUUCUUCAACCAGCCGCUCUCAGUUUAACUUUGAUACCUUCAGUUCGCCGAUAAUUCAGAAGAGUAUACCCUGCACGUCCAAUCUGCAGAGCGCAUGUCGCCUUUGCCUAACCACACAGCGACUCUACAGCCAAGAAUUGCCUCUGCCAGUAGGGGUGGAGGCUAUCAGCGUUACACCCUCAGCAGGUCAUCUCAGUGCAUCAUGUUCCCUGCCAGCAGGCCGUGUGCCAUACCUCCUCGCUACUUCAUGUUCUGAUGGAAGAGUGUGCUUCUGGAGGUGUAAUGUCACGGCAUCUGAGACCUCCUGUAAUGAAAAGCUGGUGUAUCAGUGGGAGGAGUGGCCUCUCCUGGUGGAAGAGAGGCUUCCCAAUUGCAGUGCUGUGAGCGUGCCAGGUCGCCCCGUUCAGGUCAGCUGCUGUCACACUGGGCGGAUGGCAGUUGCCUACUGGCAGCCAGGGCCUUCCCUAGCAAGUGCCAGAGAACAGCUGGUCUACAUCGGCAUCUUCCAGUGUGAAUCCACAGGUGGUUCACAAUGGAUUCUAGAGCAGACUAUAGUCUUGGAUAGAACAGAUCCUAGCAACACCACAUCUCCAUGUGGCCACAUAGACUUGUCUUUGCCUAUUGAGCACUGCCUUGGUUCUACUCAGAGGAAUUUGGUUCACUUAGACUGGGUCUCCCAAGAGGAUGGAUCACAUGUUCUUACUGUAGGCAUAGGAACAAAGAUUUAUAUAUAUGGCCGCCUCUCUGGCAAGCCUCCUGAACUUUGUCUAACAUCUGAUGGCAGUCGAAACCAAAGCUUGUCACGCCUGGUUCUGCUUAGAUCUGUCAACCUCGUCUCUUCUGUUGAAGGCUCACCGCCCAUCCCAGUCUCCCUCUCCUGGGUACGCGAUGGCAUCUUGGUGGUAGGUAUGGACUGUGAGAUGCAUGUCUACUCCCAGUGGCAGCCCCCAGCAUCCCCAAAACCCAAUGCUGCCAUGGACACAGAUAUCUGCAGCAGUGUGUCCUCCGUUGUAUCAGCCGUUAGACAAAGCCAAGAGAAUGGGCUCAGUCCUGGGCCUCCCACGUCCUUACUGGCCCCUCCUAAAAAGGCCCUCACAAGGUCAAUGAUGAGUCUGGCCCAGAAGCUCAGUGGAAAGAGAACGGCCUUCGACCUUCCUUUGGAGAUGGAAGAUUCUGGACUGUUUGAAGCAGCUCACCAGCUCUUUCCGACGCUGCCCCAGUACCACCCAGUACAAUUACUAGAGCUAAUGGAUCUAGGAAAAGUUCACCGUGCCAAAGCCAUCCUCUCCCACCUGGUGAAAUGCAUAGCUGGGGAAAUCGUGGCUCUUAAAGACAACGCCACCAACGCAGAAAAACGUCUACGCUCUCGAACGAUCAGUGCGGGAGGGAGCACCGCCAGGGAAAGGAAGAUGUUUGGCAAGGAUGAGAAUUCCACACCGGACUACACAGAGAUCAGCUCCAUUCCUCCGCUUCCUCUCUAUGCCCUUCUUGCAGCUGAUGAGGACACACCCUCAAAGCCUGAAAAAGUGGGCAGUGUGAGUGGUGACAGCGGGCAUGGAUCCAGUCACACGGAUGCUUACGAUGAGUUAUUUCACACACCCAGCAUUGCUGAAUUGGAUCCUCUGGAUCAGGAUGUGCAAGAAGAAGCUGGGAACAAGGUCAUUGACUUGUCCCAGUACAGCCCCACAUACUUUGGGCCAGAGCAUGCCCAAGUUCUGUCUAGUCAUCUCCUCCAUUCUAGUUUGCCAGGCUUAACUCGCAUGGAGCAGAUGUCUCUCAUGGCACUGGCUGACACCAUUGCAACAACCAGCACAGACCUGAAAGACACCCAGGACCAGAGUAAAGGUGGAGAGACACUGGAUGACUGCGGUCUGAAGUUUUUGCUUGCUGUCAGACUACACACCUUCCUCUCUACCUCUCUGCCACCAGCCCACAGAGCACAGCUGCUCCGACAAGGCCUAUCGACAUGUCACUAUGCUUGGGCUUUCCACUCUGAAGCUGAAGAGGAGCUGCUUCACAUGCUGCCUGCCCUCCACCAGGGAGAGCCCACCUGGCCUGAGCUACGUUCCAUGGGUGUGGGCUGGUGGCUUCGGAGCACUAACAAGCUUCGCAGAAGCAUUGAGAAGGUUGCUAAGGCCACUUUUCAGAGAAGUAAUGAUCCUUUGGAUGUAGCCAUAUUUUACCUGGCAAUGAAGAAGAAGGCAGUGGUCUGGGGACUUUACAGAUCACAGAAGAAUGCCAAAAUGACUGAAUUUUUCCGCAACAACUUCAGUGAAGACCGAUGGAGGAAAGCAGCUUUGAAAAAUGCCUUCUCUCUGUUGGGGAAGCAGCGGUUUCAUCAUUCAGCAGCCUUCUUCCUUUUAGCUGGUUCCCUUAAGGAUGCAGUAGAGGUGUGUUUAGAAAAACUGCAGGACCUUCAGCUGGCUCUUGUGAUAUCCAGAUUAUAUGAGUCAGAGUUUGAGACGGCAUCCACCUACAAAAAGAUCCUCCAGAGACACUGUGUUGGGACACGAUAAACAGGUGCUUCCCUUUGCAUAUUUCAGAUACCGAUGCACCAGGAUCCAUUCUUACGGAGCAUGGCCCACUGGGUCCUGGAGGACUACAGCAAAGCUUUGGACACUCUGCUGGAGCAGACUACCAAUAAAACAAAGUCAGGUUCCACUGAUACUGGUUCUGUGUCCUCAAGUAACGCCGAGGUUUUCAACUUUUACACCUACCUCUGUACCCACCCGCUCCUCCUCCGUCGCCAUUUCGGCUCUUCUGAAAAGGCGAAAGUCAGCCUGACCGCAGAAGGUCGGAGAGCUGACUCCAUUAGCCUUGAGGAGAGAAGACUCUUUUUCACUGCCGCAUACGCUCACCUGCAAGCAGGCUGCCCAAUGCUGGCGCUGGAAGUCCUUUCCAAGAUGCCCAAAGUCCGCAAAAGCUCCAAACUCAACCAGGAGUCCUCUGAGUUCAGUGCUGGGAGUAAAAACGGGCCAACGUCAAACCAGGACUGGUCUGACCCUGCGCUGAACGGCUACGAGUCAGGCGGGGACAGCUUAUCUAACAGCCAGUCUGAUUCAGUGUUAAGUUUUGACUGGAGCCAGCCAUCACUCUUACAUCCAGAUGAGCCCCUGGAGCUGAAGUGGGACAGUGACAAAGAUGACGAAGACGACGACAAUGAGGAGGAGGAGGAAAGUAAAAAUGGUAAAAGUUGUAGACCUGCAGAUAACAGUAAUGUGUUCCACGACACGCACAACCGCAUGUUACCUCCAAUGGAGGCAGGGAUGGACGAGGACAGUGAGGACAAUGAGGACAGCAGUGACUGCAUUGACCCUUCUGAUGACGUCUUGGUUGCACAGCUGAAGUUUACUGCCUGUUUGAAGAUUCUGACCAAUGAGCUGAGGACACUUUCAACAGGAUAUGAACUGGAUGGAGGAAAACUACGUUACCAGCUCUACCAGUGGUUGGAAAGAGAGGUGGUGACUCUCCAGCACUGUUGCAGUUACAACCCCUGUCUUCCACAGGUGUAUGCCCUAGAAGAUGCACAUAUCCCUGGGUUGGUGGAGGACGAACCGCCCACAAGUCCUUGCAGAGACAGUCAGAGGAGCAGGAGAAACUGGUUGAAGAGUAACCAGCCUUUACUGAGGAUGUUCCUGAGUUACUGCAGCUUGUAUGGCUCCCAUGGCGGAGGACUGGCCUCUGUUCGCAUGGAGCUCAUUUUACUGCUUCAAGAAUCUCACCAGGACAACUGCAGCCCAUCAGCUUUAGUGACAAGCUCCCAACACACCUCACUCCCUCUCCUGAUGGCUUGUACAGCCAACGUGAAGACUGUGGUGGCCAAUCCCAUCGUCUACCUGACCAACCUGACGCACGACAUCCUGCAGACCAUCAACACGCUCAACUCUCCUCCACAUCCAGAUGUCGUUAACAACGAGAUAUAUGUAAUGCACACUUUGGCUGCCUCCUUGUCUGCCUGUAUAUAUCAGUGUCUAUGUGACGGGCACUAUAGUCACAUGAACAACUUCACAGGAAUUGUGUAUCAGAGCAUUUUGCUCUCUCAGAAGCAUCCAGCGAGAGCCGCCGGCAUGGAUGGGUCCAUUCAGCCAAACACUUCUCCUGCACAGUGGCCAGGUAUCGUCUCAAUGAUCCGUCUGUUGAGCUCAGCAGGAGAUGAGAGCCAACCGGGCCUAGCCGUGCUGCUCUGUGAGAUCCUGACAGCUGUUUACCUCAGCCUCUUUAUUCACGGCAUGGCCACUCACUCAAGCAACGAGCUCUUUCGCAUCAUGGCCCACCCUCUUAGCAGCAAGCUUUGGGUCAAGGUGUUCGGAGGAGGCGUGCGAACCCCCAUCACUGAGAAAGCCAACAGUCCAGCAAAAACUCCCCCACCAGCUUCGCCAGGCACAGACGUCUCUGAUAAGAAGCCCAGACUCUUCCGCCUGCUUUCGUCACGGAGCGGAUCGAAGGAAGAAUCCGGCAUAGAGAAGGAGCACCCCUCCAGUCCAAAGCCUGAACAUGUGGUGGACCAGGAAGCCACUUCCAUUUUCAAAGAAUGUUUUGUUCCUCCAGAGCUCAGCAUUUGGGAUUACUUUAUCGCUAAGCCAUUUCUGCCACCAUCAGAAAACAGAGUUCAAUAUGACUCAGAAGACAGCCAGGGCAGUGAAGAUGAAGAAGAGGAAGAGGAUGAAUACGACGAUACAUUUGACCCCAACUCGCCUCAAAAAGAGCAUACUAACAACAAUUCAUACAGUUGGUGUUUAAUGCGCUUGGCAAUGGUUCAGCUGGUGCAAGUCAACCUCAAGUCCUUCUACCCGAUGGCUGGAUAUGAUCUAUUGGAUCUGCCUGUGGGCUCCCCGCUGUGUCACAGUGUCCUGAAGACACUGCAGCGCUGGGAGCAGGUGCUGCAAAAAAGACUAGAAAUCUUUGGAGGCCCCACCUCCAAGUACAUCUCCACACACUUCCAGGAGGAAGCUAUCACGACAGGCCCCGCCCUCCUCAGACACAAGGCCCUAUUUGAACCAUCCAAUACCCCAUUUAGGACGAGCCAUCAUUCAGCGCUCCCUGUCAAGCGCCUUUGGCAGUUCUUGGUAAAGCAGGACGAAGUGCAGGAGACGUUUAUCCAAAACAUCUUUACCAAGAAAUGUGACGCCGGAGAGACUGAGUCAGGUCUGGGCUGCCCCGGGGGGAAGGCUCGCAUCAUUCACAAGGAGUCAGACAUCAUCACGGCCUUUGCCAUCAACAAGGCAAAUCGUAAUUGCUUAGUCAUGGCCUCUACACAUGACAUUCAGGAGUUGGAUGUGUCAUCCAUCUUGGCCACACGGAUCUUGACGUGGAUCGAUGAUGACGAGGUUGAAGCGAAAGGAGUGGGCACCGAUGACUUCCUGGUUGUCCAUACACACGAUGACUUUGUCACCUUGCAUGGCACCACGCCGUACACUCGCAGCAGCCCCGGUACGCCCAUCAACAUGCCAUGGCUGGGAGGCCAUCAGACAGGCCGGGGAGCCUCCGUGAUGAUCAAGAGAAAUAUCAACAAUGUGAGAAGAAUGACCUCACAUCCCACGCUGCCGUACUACUUGACUGGGGCUCAAGAUGGGAGCGUGAGGAUGUUCGAGUGGGGUCACUCCCAGCAGAUUAUCUGCUUCAGGAGUCCAGGCAACUCCAGAGUGACCAGGAUUCGAUUCAACCAUCAAGGAAAUAAGUUUGGGAUCGUGGAUGCUGAUGGCGGUUUGAGCCUCUGGGAGACCAACACGAGCGGGGCCGCUCCCAAACCCUAUUUGACUCUGCAGUGCCACAACAAGACGGCUCAUGAUUUUGUCUUCGUGGGAUCCUCCUCCCUCAUUGCCACUGCGGGUCUCUCCACAGACAACCGGAAUGUGUGCCUAUGGGACACUCUGGUGACUCCCGUUAACAGCCUUGUACACGCCUUCUGCUGCCACGAGUCAGGCGCCACCGUGCUGCUAAUGGCGCCCAGGCAACAGUUGCUAAUCACGGGCGGGAGGAAGGGCUGGAUCAGCGUCCUGGAGCUCCCUCACCGACACCAGCGCCAGAGCUUCCAGGCACACGACUCGCCCGUCAAAGCACUCGCCGUCAACCCGACCGAGGACUGCUUCAUCAGCGGGUCUGCAGAAGGCAGCCUUAAGGUGUGGAACCUGGCAACGCAGUGUCUACUCUACUGCUUCCCCAACGAACACGCUCGCCAGUCGCUCUUCCGCAACCUGGGCACAGGUGUCAUGCAGGUGGAGGUGGGGCCGGCCAAUCACGUCUUCUCCUGCGGCGCAGACGGCACCUUGAAGAUGAGGAUCCUGCCCAACCGUUUUAGCGUCAAUAACACCACCACCCAACAGCAUCACCACGGCAACCUCAAGAAUGACGUCAAGUUCAUCUUGUAGACAGGGACUGUGGAGAUUUUCCACCAGCACGAUGCACUCGGAAACUCUCAAAGUGGCUGCAGGGUUUGUUUUUUUGUCUAGAAGUCCAGCUGAGAUUCAUGUGCCAUCUCGGUGAGUGAUGGGCAGCAUAGGCCAGGAGGUAAGAGCGCCACAAUCUCCUCCUCGUUAGCUCACAUUGAUUGUAAACGGACGAUAAAUAACCAUCCAAGCACACUCGAUACAGUCAUACAUUCCCGAUGGAAAGUUUGGCUUUUAAAAGCACAGUUGAGCAGAGAUAUACACCACUUGUCAUUUGUUGCAGUUGUGUGUCGGGAACAAGGUGAAAUCUGCGACCACCUGAGAAAGACUAGAGUAGCUGCAGGCAGGUUAGAGGUAAGGCAAGUCGUCACGUCGACCCUGCGGAAACACUUUCAGCUUCGGACAGGGCGGUGGAAAGGCAUCAUAUUUCUAUUUGCACAUAACGGUGAAACUGAAUUACGCUCGCAAAAUGUGGAUGUUCGGCUUCUGGGUGACAUUUCAGGAUGAAUAUAAGAUGCAUUAUAACCUAGACUGGUGAACUUAAUUUGACUUUCUAUAACCUUCUGAAUGCACCAAUCCCACUGAACAGUAUGUCCAUACGUUUUAUACAACCUUUUGAUCUCUCACGAGGAACUUAAGUCAAAAUUGACAACAGGGGUUUGAUCCCUGAAAAUUUCCAAGGAUAGCCACGUCUAUAUGCUUUCGGUGACCAGUCUCCCUUUUGCAACCUGCUGAUGACAGUCUGUGACGCUCUAAGCUCAGUGGCUACUCUACGUCACUACCCUGAGGAAAUCUUGUUUGAGUCUGUUGAUCAAUUGUUAGGUGUUGUCUUGGAGUCAUGAUGUCAAAAUCGCAUGAUGAAGAGGACUGUUUAAAUACCAGUUCUAAUUCAACCAGGGAACGUAUUGGUCCAUUCAUCUUUAACAACACACUGUAAAAAGGACUGAAACACUGAACAGUUGGAAAUGUGCAUUCAAAAGUUUGUAGGAGGUGAAACUAAGUUUACCUGUAAAGGUUAUAGUGCAUUUUAGCAUCAUACUAAAAUGUCACCCCAAUGGCCCAAACUUUUUGUGAGUAGUGUAAAAUGUCAAUAAAGCAGUUCAGAAUAAUGUAAAUAUGAUGCGAUGUACAGCACAUUAUAUAUAUUCCUCGCCAAUUGUAUGAAGUGUCCUUAAUCUUUGACUACUAACUAGCUGUAGUGGUCUUUAUUCUUCGUAUAAAGUUGCACAAAACGUAGUUGUAAUUUAACCAGUGCCCCUCGUAAAUUGGGCGCACCCCCUUUUUCUAUUUUGGGGGGGGGGGUGCUGCUGCUGCUGUUUAUUCCCAAAUAAGCUAAAAAGGAGUCUUGUGGGUGAGCAGGUUUUAACUGUUUAUUUGUACAGAUGUUUUAUUCCCAUAAUGGCACACUUUCUCUACUAUCUGUGUUUCAUUUGGAUACUUUCAUUAAUUAAAAGUGAUUCUUUUGUUGUUUUCUCAAAUUAUUUUUAUUGCCCGCACGCCUCUUAAUGCCGUCAUUGUUCAUUGUGGCUUCCUAGGGGUUCAUGCUACUAGCUAAUGUAAAGGAGUUGGGACUACUGCAGCAUUACGGUCUCAUAAUACUACAACUUUUUUCUUGUUAAAAUUGGGCUUUUUUUGCAACUUAAUUCUCAUAUGCCAACUAUAUUCUUUGACUUGUUUUCUUUAAAAUGAGGCCCUCAUACUCCAUUGAGACUUGACAUCCUUCCGCUUCUUUGUAGAAGUAUGGGUACGCGACUUUGACUAUUGUGUACAUAUCCAUCUGUAUGAUCUUAUGAAACACGUUGACUCAGUGAGGGAAAGGCACAGGGGUGGUUUUCUUUCCCCUUCUUGGGUCUAAACAAUCACGGUACAAUUCAUGUAUUUUUUUCCCAAACCUCUUGAGAGCGUCCGGGGGAAAAUAACGAUGUGUAGUGUACUCCCCACAUCUUGUGGAGUUGAUAAAUACCUUUAUUUGAUGCUAAGUGUUUGCAUCUACACAAGCUGGAGAAAUAAAUAAAUUAUAUCAAAGCAAGUGCGUUACUCUACUCUACUCAACCCAAGUAUGCAAAUAAAAAAAAAAAAACCUUA